UGACCUAUUUAUAGUGCGAGCGGUUGCAGGUACCAUUCGAUUGCAUACUGCAUGCUUUUCAGCUGAGGGAAGUGCUACCAACAUGAAGAUCCUGGAGGCGUGCUUUUUAGUUAUUGUCAUUACUGCAGCUACUGUAAACAGCAGUCCUAUAGCAGAUCAUGACUUGUCAAAUGAGAAAAAUGUUCACCGCAAUCACCAUCGAACGCGACGGGCGACAGAAAAUGAAUACAGACGGAUGUCUCCAUCAGACAGACCAAAAUGCAAAUCAGGCUCAACUAUGCCACGGCCACCCAAUGAAGUAAAUACCACAUCUCGUCUUCAGAAAUUGCGGGCUUUGUUUCCAGCCUAUGAUGGAAUUAAAGCUUACUACAUUCCAACAGAGGAUGCACAUCAGAGUGAAUAUGUCGCUGCUCACGAUGAACGGAGAGUUUAUAUUUCUGGUUUCUCAGGAUCUGCAGGCACAGCAGUUGUCACAGAAGACAAGGCAGCACUGUGGACAGAUGGAAGAUAUUUCUUGCAGGCUGAAGCCGAGCUUGACUGCAACUGGAUCCUUAUGAAACAAGGAGAGACUGGAGUCCCUAGUUCAACCGAAUGGCUGGGCAGUCUUCUUUCAGCUGGGGACAAGGUGGGAGCCAAUCCUACACUCAUGCCUAUAGACAGCUGGCAGGUUAUUGAAAAUAGGAUGAAAGACAAGAGUAUCAGCCUGAUUGGGAAUUCCACCGACCUUGUUGAUGAAAUAUGGCCAGACUCUGAGAGACCAGCUUUUCCUAAUGGAGACAUCAUUAUUUUGAAUACUACAUUUUCUGGCAAAAGCUGGAAAGACAAAGUGACAGAGCUUCGCAAGAAAAUGGCAGACAAGAACACCCGUGCACUUUUUGUUACAGCUUUGGAUGAAACAGCAUGGCUGUUCAAUUUACGAGGAUCCGAUAUUGCCUAUAAUCCAUUUUUCAUCUCAUAUGCCAUUGUGGAAGAAAAUAAUGUCAGGUUCUACUUGAGUAAUAAGACUGGUCGUCUGACCCCAAAGAUUGCUGUUCACCUUAGUACAGGAACUACUGGAGAUUGUUCAGGCAAAACUGGUAUUUGUGUUCAGGUGAAACCUUAUGAGGAUGCUCUCUCUGACAUGAAGAAUCUUAACGAUACUAGCUCCACAAAGAAGGUUUGGAUCAGCCCAGCCUCCAGCUAUGCUGUUUAUAGUAGCAUACCAGCAAGCCAGGUAUUGAAAGAGAGAUCUCCUAUUCAACUUUUGAAGGCUGUUAAGAAUCAGGUGGAAAGAGAUGGAUACGAAAGAUGUCAGAUAAGAGAUUCAGCUGCUUUGAUAGAGUUUCUUGCCAUGUUGGAGAAGGAUGUAAAGAGUGGUAGUAAACAGUGGAAUGAAAUUUCUGCUGCAUCUAAAUUAGAAGAGUAUAGGCGGAUGCAACAGUACAAUAUGGGCCUGAGUUUCAACACCAUAUCAGCAGUGGGCUCCAAUGGUGCUGUCAUCCAUUAUUCCCCAGCACCAUCAACCAACAAGAACCUUACAACAACUGAGAUGUAUUUGCUGGACUCUGGUGGACAGUACUUAGAUGGCACUACAGAUGUCACCAGGACCUUACACUUUGGGACCCCCACUGAGGAGAUGAAACAGGCCUACACCCGUGUCUUAAUGGGUGCCAUUAAUUUGGCUAUGAUGAUCUGGCCAGAGGGAACAUACGGCCGUGAAAUAGACUCUGCUGCCAGGGCACCACUGUGGUCAUAUGGAUGGAACUAUCGCCAUGGCACUGGACACGGAAUUGGAGCAUUUCUCAGUGUUCAUGAGGGUCCAGGCAGAAUUUGUCUAGGAUCAGUGUGCCCAGUACCCUCUACAAGAAGUGCACUUUAUGAACACAUGUUCUUUUCUGAUGAACCAGGUUACUAUGAACCUGACCAGUUUGGAGUCCGUCUAGAGACUAUAGUCAUGGUGGUCAAAGCAAAUACACCAAACAAUUUUGGCAACAAGACUUACCUCACUUUUAAGCCAGUUACACUGGUUCCCUUUGAGACUCACCUUAUCAAGUAUGAUUUACUGGAUGACAAACAAACAAAAUGGCUUAAUGACUACCAUGCCGAGUGUAUGGAGAAGGUUGGCAAAGUCCUGCAAGCAGCUGGCAAGACUGAGGCGUACAAGUGGAUGGAGGCCCGUGUCCAACAGAUUUCUACUAGUGGACAGGCAUUUUUGACAGCCAACAUGCUGUUGGCAUUCUGUUUGGUGGUUAUAAGUAGAGUACUGUAAGAUGCAGAACAAAUAUUUUUGUGUAGUUUUAUCAUGCUUUUAAGUGUGCCAUUUUACUGUUUGUUUUAUAAACUGCAGUUUGUUUGCUAAAAUUAAGAUUUAUCUUUCCUAUAAGGUUUGUGAUUUUCAGAGAAAUAUUACAUAAAAGACAUAGUCAUGAGCAUUAUGUCCCAGCUUGUACAUCUUUUGAUAGUGUGGGGACUUUUUUUACAUCAGACGUUAGACAUACUUACAGUUGUGUUCUGUGGAUCUAUGAAGUGUUAUUGGCAUAAAUAUACAUUUUCAAUAAUUCUUGCCAGUUGUGCCACAACAUAGUUAAAUUUAUAUGAAUUUUUUCAUUUUACCUCAGAAUUCAACUCAAUGUUUGAUAAACUGAAUAUGAUUUUCAACAUUGUCAAACCACAAUUUUUAAAAAAUUAUUCUAAAAUUGGACAUUUUUGAUGCAUUCUUAGUCAUGAACAAAAGUGAAGUUCAUUUAUAAAGUGAAGUUCAAAUAAAAAAAUGUCUUUUAAGCAAAGAACAAUAAAAGAGUAUACAUUUUUACCAAUUUU